AUGAGCACUACUAGCUCUUCGCAUAGUGAAAAUGAAGAUUUUGAAAACAAGGAAGAAACUGCUCAACAAUGGGUCUACCGACAUCUUGUGGAAUUUACAAACUGCGAGGAUACAUCUGCAAAAAGUUUAGUUGAUGGCGACUGCUCACCACUGAUUCAAUUGCUGACUGAUAUGACACAAACGAAAUCUUUAUUCAUAACUGUUACCAAACCUGUGGUUCUAGAUUUUUCAGCUAUUGUACCCGAUUCUCCGCCAUUGCCGGUACCAGAAGAAACCAAACCUAAGGCAUCACUGAAGAAAAAAGGAAAACUGCAGGCAUUGAAGAAAAAGAAGAAAAAAGUCAAAGAUUCUAAGAAAAAAAUCAAACCGAAGAAGAAAGAAAAAGUUAUACCUGUGACAGUGGAACCACCGCCGCCUGUAGUGGAUGCAACAGUUGAUAUGAUUUUCGAAUGGUGGACUCAAACUGAUAUCCCUCAUCACGAACAAUUCAUGUUUAUCAUUCCAAAGAGUCGCGUUCCGAAUAUGGAGGCUAGACUAGACGAACUUUAUCAUGUUGGUUUUAUGAAAAACCGGAAGCUUUUGAAAGCGGCGUUAUCAUGCUUGGACACGGUUUUCUAUGACAAAACAUCGUUCUCCAUGAAAAUCGACUUAUUAUUACUUAUCAAUGAGAUCGAAGACAGAAAGAUGUCGAAGGAAUUGAUAUUCGAGAGGUUCAUAUUGGAGAAUAUUGCAAGGAAUUUCAAUCUGAAUGGCCGUAUACGUAACAUUGAUUCUGAUGCGAGAUCAAUAACCUUGAUCUUAUCACAGACAAUUCAAACAUUUUGUUUUCAACCUGAUAUGGGAGAGAGGACAAAGUUGCUGAUACAGUUAUCAUUUUUUGAUAUCGAAUACCUUGGUUCAUUUCCUGAUAUAAGGGUGACAGCAGCCCGUCUAGAGAAAGCGUUGAAUCAUAUUUCGCUACUGCAGUUUCUGUAUAAAGAGGAAAUAAGUGAAUGGACACGGAAGACUUAUUUAUAUCUGCUGGAUCUGUUCUCCACGAUAUUGGCACAUGAGAUCACAAAAAAAUCAAAUUUUAUGACUAACUACAGCCCAGAACAAAAAGUUGAGCCGAUAUGCACCAGUUUUAAAAAAGUUGUUCAGAAACUAGUCACAGUGAGUCGUGAAGUUUUCGAGACUCAGGAAGAUUGGUCCGCCACGAACAAAGUAUCAUUUUCAUUCUACAUUGUUGGGAUUCUGGAGGAAGAAAUCGAUAGUAUAAUCAAAAAAGUGGAAGAAAUGAACAGCGAAACCAGAGACAUGAGUUUGGACAGAAGUGCGAUGCAAGCGACAAAAGUUAUUCUAACAGAACUUGAUGCUUAUCUACAAGAAAAAUGUCUUGAGAGUGCAGUCGAGAGUGGGAAUCUGGAAUCACUGCGAAGUUUGGCGGCAACCAUUGUGAAACAUAACAAACGUCUUGAAAGAGUAGUGGCAUUGUAUUGA